GCAGUUGUGCCGUUCAAGCAAAGCAUAUUUGACUAGAUAAAGCAUAUUUUAGGGUUUCUUUGGUAGAGAACCAUGUGCAGGUUUCUCUUGGGAUGAAAAAAGAAAUUAGAAAAGGGUUCUUUAAUCUUUCUUCUUUGAAAGUAGAUAACCAAAGAAAGAACAAAAUAAGCUAUUAUAUUCUCCACUAAAGAGUUCUCAGAAUCUAAUUGACUUUUUCCUCAGCUGAAACUGAUAUAUAUAGCUCCCAAUUUUAAGCACUGUGAUUUGAUCCAAUUGAAUCUCCUACUCUGUAGCCAGAAAUGACAAAAGAUGUGCUAUCCACCGUCUUCAAUUUCCGUUGCUUUUGCUACAUUCUCUUUCUCCUCUCUUCCGUCCCUUCUAUCUCAUUUCUCUGUUGGUCUCGUUUCUCACGCUCUUGCCAUCUCCAAAACCUCUUCAUGCCAUUAGAGAAAAAAGCUCCCAUAGAUCUCUUACAUUUUCCUGCUGCAUGGAACUCUCUCUCCUUUUCUUCAAACCCACCUCCAAAGCUCCUCAAAAUCGCUGUCUUUGUCAAGAAAUGGCCGUACAGGAAUCUUGUGGGAGGGCUUGAACGGCAUGCCUUAACCCUUCACCUUGCCCUUGCAAAAAGAGGCCAUGAACUUCACAUCUUCACCGCAUCCUCCUCAAAUUCCUCUUUCCCUACAUAUCCACAAAUCAACAUGAAUUUCCACCUAUCAAAACCAACGGCCGCAGGUUACCUUGAUCAAGCCCAGAUUUGGAAUCAGUUUAUUAACCAAAACACUUCGGGGAAACCCUUUGAUGUGGUUCACACUGAAAGUGUUGGUCUUAUGCACACUCGAGCUCGGAAUCUAUCUAACCUUGCUGUUUCCUGGCAUGGGAUUGCAUAUGAAACCAUACAUUCUGACAUCAUCCAGGAACUUGUAAGGACUCCUGAAGAGCCCCAGGCAUUAGCACUAACUAAGAGAGCCAUUAAGGUUGUGGAAGAGGUGAAGUUCUUUCCACGUUAUUCUCAUCAUGUUGCUACUAGUGAUCAUGCAGGAGAUAUACUGAAAAGAAUUUACAUGAUCCCUGAAGAACGUGUUCAUGUUAUUCUUAAUGGUGUAGAUGAGGAAAUCUUCAAGCCAGACACUGCAAGUGGCAAAGAUUUUAGGCAGAAGAUUGGCAUUCCAGAUUCAGGAGCUUUGCUCUUUGGGAUGGCGGGGAGGUUAGUGAAGGAUAAAGGACAUCCAAUAAUGUUUGAAUCUCUGAAGCAGAUGUUCAUGGAAGAUGAGACUUUGCAGAGGAGAAUCUUCGUUCUGGUUGCUGGACAAGGGCCCUGGGCUGAUAGAUACAGAGACCUUGGACCCAAUGUUCUGGUUUUAGGGCCACUGGAACAAAAGCAACUGGCAAGGUUUUAUAAUGCAUUGGACAUCUUUGUGAACCCAACUCUUCGAGCUCAAGGAUUAGAUCACACCUUGUUAGAAGCUAUGCUUUCUGGUAAACCAGUAAUGGCAACUAGACUUGCCAGCAUAACAGGGUCUGUGAUCGUUGGUUCUGAGAUGGGUUAUACAUUUUCACCAACUGUAAAUUCGUUGAGUAAGGCUCUUUAUAAGGUUUUGGGAGAUGGAAGAGGAAUUCUGGUGAAGAAGGGUGAGGUGGCUAGACAGAGAGGUUUGAAGUUGUUUGCUGCUACUACGAUGGCAGCUGCCUAUGAAAGGCUCUUUUUAUGCAUAUCUAGUGAAAAGAUAGAAAGGGAUAAUGGGCAUGACUAUUGCAGGUUCCCACUUCUAACUGAUCAUGAAAUAACCAAGUAGUCUUCAAUAACCCAAUUCAGGUGUUAGUGCUGCAAUAAAUAAAUGCCCUUUUGCUAUAGUGCCACCACCACUAGAAGUAAGUGGAUUUCAGAUGCAAGCACUUUUGGGAGGAAGGUUGCACUAUAAAAUCCAGGGGAUUGGAAGGAUUUGUUCAUCGCUGUUGUUGAUUCAGAUUUGUUCUAUGUAUGUUGUGAAUUGGAAAUAUUUGUUCGUUCUGUUUAUAUAUUGGAGAGAUGGAGGUUUCAAUGAA